UAAAGGAGUCUGGAAAAAUGCACAGCUCUUCGGCUUUAGGAGGAAGGUUUAAUCUAUGUUUCACAUGGAGAGAUGGCAGACGUUUUGAAGUUAGAUUUGUAUGGGGUUCUUGGAGUUUCUCCCGAAUCGACGCAGAAAGAGAUAUUGAAGUCUUACAGAAAGAAGGCACUGAAGUGUCAUCCAGACAAAAAUCCAGACAACCCACAAGCAGCUGAACUCUUUCAUCAGUUGUCUAAAGCACUAGAAGUUCUGACAGAUGCAGCAGCAAGAGCAGCUUAUGACAAUACCCUCAAGGCUAAAAAAGCAGCAGAAGAAAGAAAUAAAUUGCUGGACAGCAAGAGAAAAAAAUUCAAGGAAGAUUUGGAGGCUAGGGAAAGUGCUGCAGGAUUACAGAAGGCAGCAGAUGCCACAGCUGCCAGAAAUUUGCAAGCAGAGAUAGAAAGGCUAAGGAAAGAAGGUUCUAGGUUAUUAGAAGAUGAACAAGUCAGGCUUCGAGAAGAAAUCCACAAGCAAGAUAAAGAACAAUACAAAGAAGAAAACUCGGAAGACACUACAUUGCCAAAAUUAAAGGUGAAAUGGAAGUCAAAGAAAAAUGAUGACGGUAAUGGCGGGUACUCAUAUGAUAAUCUUUAUAAUAUUUUUAAAAAGCAUGGGGAAGUUACUUGUCUCUUGGUUUCAAAUAAAAAGAAAGGCAGUGCCAUUGUUGAGUUCAAGUCUGCACACAGUGCUCUAUUAGCUGUACAGAAUGAAGUUGGGAACCCAACCAAUCCUUUGACCUUGACUUGGUUGUCUGGGCAACCCACAGAGAUGGAGCAUAGCUCGGAACAAGAUCAUUUUGCUUCCGCCAGUAAUUCACAAUCCACUGGGGAUGAUUUUGAAAGUCAGGUUUUGCUGAAAAUGAAACACAUGCAAGGAAGAAAAAGAGAGGAGCAAAGUGCACAGAAAGAAGAUUCUAAAUCUUACAACUUACAGAACCCUCCUACUAAAGAGAGAGACUUUGAAAGUGUAGUGCUUAUGAGAAUGAGGCAAGCUGAAGAAAGAAAAAGAAUAAUAGAACAGAUGCAGAAAGAAGACUUAGAAGAAGUAGACAGCACCUAACCAAAGCAUACUGUGUGGAGAUUUUUGAAAUGUAAAGACAGGCAAUGAAAUGGCUCAUGAAUAUGUUAUGUUAUACAAAAAAUUAAUGAUGAUGAUGAACAUUGCAUUUUCUUGCAUAAAAGAUAGAUGCAUGUAAGAUUUUUUGGGUAAAUUUGUUCCAUUGAGACCAUUUGAUUUAUAUGUGUAUGGCGAAGGCUGAUGGAGGAUAUUGAUAAGGAAGGUUAAUUUUUUAUAUCACCCCAAUUUGGAUCAGUUUACAAUAUUGAGUUCAUGAAACAUGAGAAGAACCUGUAUCAGAACUUACACAUAUGGAAAAGAAAAAAUGCAGUAUCACCCAACUCUUUGGACUCCCACAAUGACUUGCUUUUAUAAUAAAACCUUUCAUAUCCUUUAAUAGGAUGAUUUUUAAAGAAUAUAUAUUUUUAUCUGUAGAGAAAAUUGUACAUUCUUGUAUGUAAAUUUACAAGGUCAUCUUGAAUAAAGAAGAAUAUUGUUGGCUUUUGGGGGUCAUACCUCUGGCGUUAGAUUUGAAGCUUGAGUUGGAAUUAGAUGUUUCAUGAGAAAAAAGAAAUGAGUGGUGAUUAUAUGUUAGGUCUUUGGUAUCACUUCCCUUUCAGUCUGACUGUUGCUCUUAAAAUAUUUUAGUCCAAAACGUUUUUAAUAACAAGAUCAUAGCUUGAAAACUCCUGUACUUCCCACCUGCCCUGACUCUUGCA